AUGUCGGAGGAUCUUUGUAGAGAAGGACAAUUAUCUACAGAACAAAUUCGUUCUAGAGUUUUGCAAAAUAUAAAUUCUACUCUUGAAUCCAUGGGCAAGAACAUUAAACAAUUUUAUCUUUCAGAUCUAUCAAUCCCUUCUGAUGAAACUGAUGAUUGUUGCAAAGAUAUAGAAGAUGAGCGCAAUAUAUUAGUGUCUGAGGUUGAUUUGAUGUCUGUGUCGUUGUUAAACACAAAACAACAACUUGCAUAUUCUAAAAUUGUUAAUGCAGUACUUUAUGGAAAUCCAGGAUAUUUCUUUAUUGAUGGACCUGGUGGAAUUGGGAAAACCUUUCUAUAUCGAGCAAUCUUAGCUACAACAAGAACGCACAAAUUGAUCACUCUCGUAACUACAACUUCAAGAGUUGCUGCAUCACUUUUGCCUAAUGGAUGCACUACGCACUCACGGUUCAAAAUUCCUAUAGAUGUUGAAAGCAAAAUUUGUUGUAAUGUCAGCAGACAGAGUGGCCUAACAAAACUUUUGAAAGUUGUUGCACUUAUAAUAUGGGAUGAAGCAUCGAUGCAAGAUGACAAAGUAUUGAAGCACUUGAUGAAUUGUUAA